ACAGAGCUGUUUUACUUUGAACGAAGUAUAAAUUCCAAUAAAGAAUUCCGCGUUUUAGUAUUUAUUGAAGUUUCGAGGUUGAAAAGCGGCAAAAAAAUUGCAAAAGUGGAAAAAUUAGAAAGAAGUUUUUACAAAAUUUAAAUACGUGUAUAAAAUUUUUUUAGAAAAUAAAAAUGUCUGCCUUCAAUUUUGCUGAUUUGGCCAAAGAAUUGACAGAAAAUUCUAAUGAGGAGGGUUUAUCUUUUGAAGAUUUGCAAAAAAACUGGAGCGAAGCAGAAGAUGUUAAAGACGUGGUUUCUGCUUUGGAAACCCAAAAGGUAGUGCACUACUUGAAACUGAAUGGCAACACUUUGGGGGUUGCGGGCGCGGCUGCUAUAGGAAAAGCUUUAGAAAAACAUCCCGAAUUUUACAAAGCCUUAUGGAAGGACAUGUUCACAGGACGUCUCAAAGCCGAGAUUCCAGAAGCAUUGAAGAACUUGGGGAAAGGGCUAAUUAUAGCCAAUGCCCGACUAACAGUCUUGGACUUGAGUGAUAACGCCUUGGGACCGAAUGGAAUGGCAGGACUGGAGGAGUUGUUACGUUCAUCUGUUUGCUACACUUUGCAGGAACUGCGACUAAACAACUGCGGUUUGGGUAUAGGCGGCGGUCAAAUGUUGUCGAAGGCGAUACUAGAUUGUCACAGAAAUAGCACUGAAGCUGGCAAACCGCUAAAAUUGAAAAUGUUUGUAGCAGGCCGCAAUCGUUUGGAGAAUGACGGAGCCAAAGCUAUAGCUAAAAUAUUUUCUACUUUAAAAACAUUGGAAGAAAUUACAAUGCCGCAGAACUCCAUAUAUCAUAUUGGUAUACAGGCAUUAGCUGAGGGUAUUAAACAUAACCCUAAUUUAAAAGUAUUAAAUUUAAAUGACAACACUGUAGCAAGCAAGGGAGCUUCGUAUUUGGCUGAUGCAUUUGCUUAUAUACCAGGCUUACGAGAGAUUAAUUUUGGCGAUUGCUUGCUUAAAACAAAUGGUGCUUACAAUUUUGCCGAUGCCCUGGAGGAGAAUCACCAUGAGUUGGAAAUAGUGAACUUAGGUUUCAACGAAAUUGGCGUUGACGGUGGUUUGGUGUUAAUAACCGCUUUGAAAAAUAAACCUAAGUUAAGAAAACUAAUUUUAGAUGGCAAUCAGUUUGGACGUACGGGUUGCGAAGCUAUUAAGAACGCUCUGCGAUGUUUUAAAAAUCCGGAUGUCUUGGAAGAAAUGCUCGAAGAUCAGUCAGAAAUCGAAGAUGAUGAGGACUUAGAUGAGGAGAACGGAGAUGAUGGUGAUGAAGAUUACGAUGAAGGCAACAUAGAUGAGACGUUUGAUGAAGAAGAUGAAUUAUAUGACGAUCAUCAUAACGAUACCACUGAAGAGGUUGAAGAAGACGAAGAUUAUGUUGAAAAUACAAAUGAUAAAACAGCUUACACAACGAAUCAAGACUUUGCCUCGAAGAUGCUUAACACUAACGAAUCGAUUAUUUCUAGUAAAAACAUAACUUCUAGCAUUGCCACUUAUGAAACGUUCUGUCUAAGUCAGAAGCCGUGUCCGCUUCAAAUGUUUGAUUCGCUUAGAGAUUCAAAUAAAUUGAAGGGUUUUAUGGAAAUCAUUAAUCAAUUUCAAGGUGACAAUCACUUGUUGCUGUUAGUAUUUACUGCUCUAAAAUGUGCCCAUCUAGCCCAGUCAUCGGCAGAAGCUUUAGAAUUGGCUGUGGCUUUGUAUCAAGAAACUGCGGAUUAUGCGGUGCAAACUAAACAAGAACGGCGUAUUACUAAUUACCUGCUCAUGCAACUGGGCUUACUGCGUUGCGAAGAGAAAUUCCACACGGAAUACAAUAUGAAAAGUUGCCGUUUUGCAUUACGGCAGACAUUGUCUAAGAAAUCAAUAGACAGUGUUUACAUGAAGAAUACAUUCCAAGUGUUUUUGAAUCAAUUAGAUGUUUGAUCGACAUUUGAAAGGGUAUUAUUUCCCAUAAAGUGUGUCAAAACAUUUAUGUAAAAGAAAUAAAAGUAAAAGAAAUAAAACCAAAGUU